AAAAACAGCGCUCCAUUAUCGCCACGUUGGCUCAUCCUCUUUUUAUGUAUACGCGCUUUCUUCGCCAUGCCUACGUUUGAGAGUUGAAUGUUCUUAACUACAGCCUGGGAAUCUCUACAUAUACAUGCACAACUCCACCAUAAAUCGUCGAACAAUAUUCAACUAAAAUAUUUUUCGUUUGUGUAAGAUGGAGAUAAUUUACCAGACUCACAUCGACAGGGAGAUUGAAUCGCUCAUUGAAAGAAUCCAUCCACCCAGGGUCUGUAUAGACAAUGAUUCCUGCAGCGAUUGCACAGUGGUGAAGAUUGACAGCGCAAACAGACAUGGGAUAUUGUUGGAGAUGGUGCAGGUGUUGGCAGAGCUUGAUCUCAUCAUUUCCAAAUCAUACAUUUCUUCUGAUGGUGGAUGGUUAAUGGAUGGUCAGUAUGCCUCCCUUUCCACACGCUCUGCACUUUUUUGUUAUUUGCAUGCCAACGUUAAUCCUUAUUUUCUGUAA